CGAGAACGAGAUGGGUCUCCACACACCAAAACGAAAUACAGGCAUGGAGACGGAGAUCACACACCAAACACGAUGCGGGCUUGGAGAACGCUGCUGUGGCUCGAAGUAUGCCAAUAUGAUGCCGUGCAAACGCCUCCGUGUGCAGGCGCAGCUCGCCAUGACGCUGGAUGAGCUCAUCGAGGCGGAGAAGCUGCGGAGGGCGGUGACCGCGGAGAAGGAGGAGCCAGAGAAGAAGGCCGCCGCCCCGGAGAACCACAGCGACGAGAGCGACUCGGCCGUGAACGCGGCUUCCACACAGAGGCACGCCUGCGGCUGGACGCCUUUGCG